GCAAAUAGAACCUUCCCGAAAAAAAACCCGUGUGACUGCGCCACAUCGUUUUCCCAUUCCUCUUCGGCGUUCGUUCCUUCCUUCCGUUGCCCUUUUCUAUAAUUUCCCAACCUUUGGCAACGGGAUAGACUCCUUGGCUGCACCGGUCAAACCCACAACCGCCCGCCGGUGCCGCCUGCGUCGUCGACUUCCUCGCACUCGCCAAAUUAUAGAUCUCCAAUUCGUCGUCGUCGAGGACAUCAUGUCGAUGUCGGACUCCGACUCCUCCUCCUCCCACUUCGGAGAUCACAAGACCUUCCGCCAGAUCGGAAGAGACCGGUUAUUAUAUGAGAUGUUGCGGUCGACCAAAGUGAAGGAUUCAAAGUCAAAAUGGAAGGUACUCAUCAUGGAUAAAAUUACUGUUAAAGUAAUGUCAUAUUCUUGCAAGAUGGCAGAUAUUACUGAAGAAGGGGUUUCAUUGGUUGAAGAUCUAGACAAACGGCGACAACCAUUACCCUCAAUGGAUGCUAUAUACUUUAUGCAGCCAACAAGAGAGAAUGUGGUUAGGUUCCUGGCAGAUAUGUCAGGAAGGUCCCCAUUGUAUAAAAAGGCAUUUGUUUUCUUUAGUUCACCUGUGAAUAAAGAUCUAGUGGCACUAAUCAAGAGGGACUCAAGUGUCUUACCUCGUAUAGGCGCAUUAAGUGAGACGAAUUUGGAAUACUUUGCCAUUGAUAGUCAGGGUUUUGUAACUGAUCAUGAGAGGGCUUUGGAGGAAUUAUUUGGGGAAAAUGCAGAAGGCUCUCACAAGUACAAUGCUUGUUUGAAUACAAUGGCUAUUCGCAUUUCUACUGUACUUGCUUCUUUGAGGGAAUUUCCUUAUCUGCGAUAUCGCGCUGCUAAGUCAUGUUCAGAUGUUUCCACAUUGACAACACUUCGUGAUCUAGUCCCAACUAAGCUUGCUGCUUUAAUAUGGAACUGUAUUGCUAAGUACAAAAGUACAAUUCCUGAUUUUCCCCAAAAGGAGACAUGUGAGUUUCUUAUUGUUGAUCGCUCAAUUGAUCAGAUUGCCCCUAUUAUACAUGAAUGGACUUAUGAUGCAAUGUGUCAUGAUUUACUGAACAUGGAGGGUAAUAAAUAUACACAUCAGGUUCCCAGCAAAAUGGGAUCAACAACUGAAAAGAAAGAGGUUCUUUUGGAAGAUCAUGAUCCAAUUUGGCUUGAACUUCGGGAUUCACACAUAGCAGAUGCCAGUGAGAGAUUGCAUGAGAAGAUGACAAACUUUAUAUCAAAGAACAAAGCUGCUCAAAUCCAUAGUUCAAGAGAUGGUGGUGAACUGUCUACUAGAGAUUUGCAAAAGAUGGUGCAAGCUUUACCACAGUACAGUGAGCAAAUUGACAAACUUUCUCUCCACGUAGAGAUUGCAGGGAAAAUUAAUAAAAUAAUUAGAGAACAAGGGCUUCGAGAAAUUGGACAACUGGAGCAAGAUCUUGUCUUUGGAGAUGCUGGAACUAAAGAACUAAUACAAUUUUUGAGGACAAAGCAGGAUGCUAGUCGUGAAAGCAAAUUACGUUUAAUGAUGAUAUAUGCAUCAAUCAAUCCUGAGAAAUUUGAAGGUGAUAGAGCCUCAAAGUUAAUGCAACUUGCCCAGUUGUCAUCUGAUGACAUGAUUGCUGUAAACAACAUGCGCUAUUUGGGAACAUCUGAUAAUAAGAAAGCAUCUGGAAGUACUUUCUCUCUCAAGUUUGAUAUGAGUAAGAAGAAACAUGGAAUACGGAAAGAAAGGAAAUCAGAGGAGGAAACUUGGCAACUUUCACGUUUUUAUCCUUUGAUAGAGGAGUUGAUUGAGAAACUUAGUAAGGGGGAGUUAUCGAAGGAUGAUUAUCCCUGUUUGAAUGAUCCUUGUGCAACAGUGGAUGGAACCUCACGUGUAUCUGUCAGGACAACCCACUCUAUGCCUGCACCAGCUCAGUCUGUGAGAUCUAGGCCUACUCCUACAUGGGCUAGACCUCGUAGCUCGGAUGACGGCUAUUCAAGUGAUUCUGUAUUGAGGCAUGCCUCGAGUGAUUUCAAAAGGAUGGGCCAGCGAAUGUUUAUCUUCAUCAUUGGUGGGGCCACACGGUCUGAGCUUCGUGUAGUUCACAAGCUUACUUCCAAGCUGAAGAGGGAAAUCAUACUUGGCUCUUCCAGUCUUGACGAUCCUCCCCAGUUUAUCACGAAACUGAAGCUCAUGUCAGCUCAAGAAAUUUCUUUGGACGAACUUCAGAUAUGAAUUGUGCAUUUUUGUCCUGCUGAUCACAGCCUUCUUUGAGGUCGUCUUGGAUGUAAUCAAAUGUAACAUUUUAGAUUUCAAUUUGUCUAGAAGUAUUAUUUCAAUCUCCGCAGGCUCAGUGAUCAAUGUCCUCUAUUUUGGUUGAAGGUUUCUAUUUGUGUUUAAGGUGAAGCAGAUUGACUUUCCUACAAGCUCCACGACAUAAAACUAGCAGUCCAGUUCAUAUUACAAACUGUAUCAUUGGCAUACAAACUACAUCAAAAUGUAACAUCAGAGUGGAUUAGUCUGAUUGAGCUACCUUCCGUGACAAUAGAGUUUGACGAUUGUUAUAAAUGGCUGUUUGCUGACUCAAAAGUCGAAUGCAAAGUAUCAUUGUGCUUCUCCACUGUUAUUAGAUAUUUGAGCCAUUUUAUGC